GAGUUUCUGAUUAUUUUUACAGGCUGGGCUGCGUGCUACACUACCACCACCACCACCACUGCCAUUGCCAUUGCCAUCACCAUUACCACUCCUCCUCCUCUCCUCCUCCUCCUCCUCCUCCUCCUUCAACGCUGCACGGUUUAGCUCGAAGCUGGCUUAGUCGCAUCGGUUAGCGUCCAGAAGCCUUCUUUUUUAACCCUGGUGCUGGCUCUGGUGUUGGCUCUAGUUGUAACUCGUCUGCUUGUCUAACUUGUCUAACUUGUCUUGACCACAACUUAGCCUUUCGUCCAAUUCAGUUAUCACUCCCACCCCAUCCCAUCCCAUCCAUCCCAUCCCGUUUUAUCUUCUCUCUCCACACAUACACACACGCUCUCCUGCCCACCACUCACCCACGCACCCACGCACCCACGCAUCCACUCAUCACUCUCUACCCACCACACCAGCCAAUCCCCCUACUCCCGGCCUACAUAUCUAGCCAAACCAACCCACCCAUACAAGUCAAAUUCAAAUCUAGGCCAACGCCAGCCUUUUCGACGAGAUAGUCCAUCAUCCUGCCUACUUAGCACCUACCAUUCAUCUGCCACCUCUCUAUCUCUCUAUCUAUUGCCUUCCUCCACCCAUCAUCGCCAUCACCACCACCCCCCAACUGGAUUCCGAGGAUUCCACUUUCACCGUUCUCCCAGGAAUCAAUCAAUCAAUCACAUCAGCCUUCACGUUAUAAUUUAAUUUCUUUCUGGAAGGAGAGAAAGAGCGAGCCCGCCAGAGAUACCCCCGAGUACCGUCGCACCAGGGAAACGCCAGAGCCCAAGAGAGCGAGAAAGCAAGAAAAAAAAGACCAAGACGUUGAAUGAAUCAUCUCAUAAUCAAUUUGCCAUUUGCUCCAUUGGAUUGAUUGCUCGAUUGAUUCCUUCGUAUUCUUCUGCGUCCCAUUAAUAAAUCUUGCACGAUCGUCCAUUCCAUCAUUCCCAUCCAGCAUAGCAUCUCCGUGCAAAUCACGGCAUAACCCUACGUCCCGUCCCUCCUCAAAUAGCCAUCGCCCCAUACCACAAAAGCACACCACUUUCCCACUCCCUUUACAAACCGCAUCCUGCUCCUCAACAGCAUCUCUUCACGCCGAGCGAGAAACGGAUUGAUAAAGGCUCCAUCCAUCGCAUCUGAGACUUUAUCUGAGACCUUGGAAAGAAGAUUUAAACGAUACAGCCACUCAACAUUCCAAUUCGAGACACCCAGUUAAUUAACUUUUGACGCCUCGAAAUCCAAGCUUCGCCGCUUUCCUUAUCUAGACCGACCUUGACUUGGAUUACGAACCGAAACCGGACAAUAUUUCUCUACGCAAUCAACAAAAUCCGACCCAUCGUCCGCAUUUUAUUUUUUGGGAAAGGGAACGAAAAGCUCUCGAGCCGUUGCUUCCAUCCAUCGAAACCCAACGCCCCGUCAGAUUGAGACAAGAACGACAUAGCUGGAAUACGCAUUUGUUCUUUCUUAUCCAACGCCUCGCACAAUCCCGGACGUCUUCUCGUUGGGUCCAUCCGGGGGUAUUGAAGAAAAUAUCCCAUUUUCUAACAUGUAAGUUCACCUAGAAAGCCCCCCUCCCAUAUCCUAUAUCAACAACAUCACCACGCAGUAGCACCAGUUCGAUUGCAUCAAAUCUGUCUGCGAAAAAUUACCUACAUGACACAUGCACUCUCUCCACUUCAUCCAUACAUUCAUACCACGUUUCUUCAAUAUCCUCUUUUUUUUCUUCCUUGACUUCUCCCAUGCAAGAGUGAGAAUGUAGCUGACCAUUACUUUGCCCCAACCCAACAGUCCACAAUUGUUACGGCUUCAUUGGACUUUCUUUUCAAUACUUAAUGAUAAGCAGAAGCUAGGAUUGUUACCUUCGACAAACACCCCCUCGCAUCUUUCAGUCGAAUAGUUUUUUUUCUCCCCAAGAUCUUGUCAGAGCAAGACCAGAAAGCACUCAAGCUUAUCCAACAAAUCUUUACACGUCGUAGGAUGCCUUACACUCCACCUUCCCACCGGUCUCCUGCCACCUCUACCACCCACUCCCCUGCCGUCUCGAGACGCUCUUCAUAUCAACUUAACCACCCAACCCCAUCUCCCCGACCAGAGUUGCCACGAUCCACUUCCUACCUGACUAGACACAGACGUACGCCUUCGGUUAAGUCGACAGCUUUCGGUCCAACACUAGAGCCAACCCCCCCUGGUACAUCAGAUGGUGAGAAGGGUCCCAGCCAUGAUACAAAUAGUAGCUUGAUUGCCUCGAGCAGUCUUCGAAAAUCACCCCCACCUGUAACGGACGAAACCAAGAUGCCUAUCGGAGUAGUCAUGUCACCACCAGAUUCAACCCAGAACUCUGACGAAGAGGAUAAUGGGUUGAGAGGGAGGAAGUUGGAAAACCUGGAGGAAUUACAAGCUGCCAUUAGAGUUAUCGAACAACACCGAGAGAGCUCACCCAAGAGGGCAUCGUCAGAGAUCCAAAGGCUUACUCAAGCUAUCUCACUUCUACCUAUCAAGGAUGCAAAGGAACUGAAGGAUAAGCCAACGUCGGAGCACAUCGAAACAUCCCAACCUCCCAGGAAACUUCAACAUCAAAGAUCGAGCACUGAAACAGUCUUCCUCGACUUUAGAAACAACGCCAACAAUCAGUCAGCCCCGGAAACACCCACAACGGGAUCUGACGAUGAGAUGAGUGAAGAUGAAGAAGCUAUGAUUAGAAGGAAGCCUCAGAUGCUUAGAAAGAAAUCCGGAGAACUCGUUCGACCAGCUCUUCGACCAUCUUCUGCCAGAAGGCGUCCAUCAUCCAUGCCUGGUACACCUACAUUCUCCAAGGCUGUUCACUUCGACUCACAUCUUGAACAUGUCCGCCACUUCCUUCAAGUCGAUCGACCUCUCGCUGUCAGUGCUGGCUCCUCUCCUGUUGAGGCAUACGAAAGUGAUUCAGAGUUCCCAUUCGGUCAUGAUGAUGAUUCUAACAACCGAGGACCACCAUUCGAAUGGGAGAUUAUCAUCUCUAACUUUCCUCCCAUGACCCCAUACAGAGCUUCCAUGCCCAUCAGAGUCGAGAGAGUCUUCUUAUCGGCAGACAACAAGAACUUGAUCGGCACCGUCGCUGUUACCAACUUGGCUUUCAACAAGAUGGUUGUUGCUAGAUUUACUUUGGAUUACUGGAAGACCACAUCGGAAGUCGUUGCUGAAUACAACAAUGACAUCCGUCAGCCAAAACAUAGUGACGGAUGUGAUCGUUUCAACUUCAACAUCAAACUUGCUGACCAAGCAAACCUUGAAGCAAAGACCAUGUUCUUUUGUGUAAAGUAUUGUGUCAACGGUGUGGAGUACUGGGACAACAACAACUCUACCAACUUCCAGAUUGAUUUCCGAAAGAAGGCAAAGGCACAAAAUGGAAAGAGAGGCUCACCAGGAGCAGCAUCAAGAUCAGCCAACUCAUUACCGAGAAGUAACAAGAAGUCACCGCCAGCUACUGCAAAGAAGACGGCCACCUUCGACGACUUCUCUAAUGACUUUGAUUCGAAAUAUUUGAAUACCAACUUCAAACUGCCUGUCGCAGAUUACCUUGGGGACUCGAAUACAGUAAGAUUGAAGGGAGUCAAAUCUGCCGUCACCUUAACAUCUGACAACCGCAGCCGACGUGCAGCAUCAAUGAACACGAACGCAGCUGGUGGUCAAGCUUUUGGUCACAGAUAUGACUUUGGUGCUUCACUUAAUGCUGCCAUUAGUGCUGCUAACUCUUCCCUUGGUGAUAAGAGUGGUAUUACAAUGAAGUCAAAGAGGCCUGCACCAAUAACUGAAACGAGAAAGUUCAUUGAUCACGAUGAACAAGUAUCACCACUUUCAAUGUCAGCUCCAAAGACUUUCAACAAUAUCACCCCACCAAAGACUUUACCUUCAGUAAAGACAAACACCAGUGGAACAGAUUCACCAAGACCCGUUGGUACUGAGAAGCCUGUACUGGCAUCACAAUCAUACAAUGAACUUCUCGACAAGUAUUGCUUCUUUGGGUCAGUGAAGAACUCGCCACAGUUGAAAGAUGGCACUGCGAGGUCUGGUCAAUAUGAUGGAAACAAUGAUGAUGGUUACCUUUUUGGUUCUGCCGAGUCUACUGCUAGUAACUCACCAAUCACCAUGGCACACAUUGAUACUCGACCUUCACCUCAUCAAUCUGGAGUAAGCCCUCAAGGUACUCGUUCUACAUCGCCUGCUCCUAUGACAGGCUUUGUUUCGGGUACGUCUUCGAUGUAUCCUUACCACAUGCAUGGUGGUUUUUCUUUCAACGACGCUCAUGCAGCAACAGCAAUUCGAGGUUGAACAAUUUUCUUUGAUGAUUCAAAUCAUUGAGUCAAUAAAAUGAUAAACACGCCCUAUCUACGAUGACGAUCAUGAAAAUUCUACUCAUGAAACGGCAAUCUAAUUCUUUCCAAAGAUACUUCACUGUAUCAUUGAUGGAUCAAUUCAAUCACCUCUUCAUUGAGUUGUGAUUUUAUGAUUCCAUCAACCUUUUCCCCUCUCGACUGUUAAUAUAUAUCUCUCCUCACGAAUACGACGUUCUCAAUUCAUAUUUGUUUAGCAUUUUUGCAAAGGGAGAUAUUUGGGCAGCAUGCGAAUGAAGGGAAAGUUGAUCAUGCUUUUAUGAUCCACUUGCUUUAACAUUUUGCUUUUGUACUUUUUAGCGUUCCUUAUUUUUUUCAUUGGGUGGUUGCGUUAUUUUCGUUUCUUGCAUGUCCUUUAUUUUCGAUGCGCUGCUACCUACUACUGGUUCACAUUGGUCUCGGUCUGUUCUAAUCUUUCGGACGGACCCGGUUGUCUUAGACUUUGGAGUUUAUUUGCUUUGGGAAAUUGGUCGGUAAAUUGUUUUUUCUCCGAUCGCUUGAGGGAUAUCAAAGAGAUCAUCACUUCGUUGUCUCGAAUGAGAAAUGAUGAAGAUGAUUGAUCCUUUGGCUAUCAUACCGCUCGCAUGGACUGAAGGGGUAGCAGAAAGCAAGAGGAUGAAUCGAGAAUCAUAAAAGUUUAUUUAUUAUUGGAUGGGUGAAUGGAAAGGGGAACCCUGGCAUAUACGGAAAGGGUUGGGGGUAUUUGGGAGGGGGGAUACUUUUUGUGCAUACAAAAUGAUGGUCAUUUCUUUCUGUUUUUUAUUUUGGAGGAAAUUGUGAAGACCGUUGGCGAGGCAAAACCGCAUAGCGAAUUCAUGAAUGGCAAGGUGGUGGAUGAUAAAGACUGGAUUGCGAAGGAUUGGGAAUAAAUGCAUACGUGCAUGAAUUGAGAGAAUGGAAUGAUAUCAAGAAGUCAAAAGUCAAAAAAAAAAAAGGCUCAGAUCAAAGGGAGAAAGUUGAAGUGAGAGGAGAGAUCAUAUGAGAUUGAGAUGAUAAAUGAAUGAGAUUAAAUCCAUCACAAUUUGUAAAAGAAAAGGAAUGAAUUCAUGAAUUGAUUUGAUUGUUUUGUGGGUGAUUUUUA